CUGGAGAUUUCACCUCUCUGGUCAUCGCUUGAUGGCCGUCUCCUCGUAGCUGAAUUAACUCACCGCCAUCACCUCUUUGACCCGAUCACUAUAUAUGUCGUCUAUGCCCCUGCCGAUCGCUCUCUUCGACCACCGUUUUAUGCUGAACUCGCCACCAUGAUCUGCAAUGAUCAACACCUACCGCAUCGCAGCAUCAUGUUGGGCGACUAUAAUUAUAACAUUCAUAUACCCGGACACCUGCGAGUACAGUGGCUCUCAUUAUCCUGGUUUGAUCCACUCAAAUCUGAUGCCACUGCCUUCAAUAGCUAUACAUAUAAGGGCCCUCUUGGCACAUCCAAACGCGACUUCAUUCUACUCUCAGGCGACUUACUGCCUGCAGCAGCACAACCAACAGUAACCCAUGUAUCAAACCACACCGACCACAAAGCCGUGUCUAUCGGACUCAAACUCUUUGCACCGCCGACAGGCCCUGGCAUUUGGCGU